CAAUUGAUUGAUUUUUAAUUUAAAUCGAAUUACAAUUAGUUUUAAUUUCUUUUCUUUUUUUUCUCUUUGUUUGUAUUACCGUUUUGCGUUUUAACAGUUGACAGUCUUUCCAAUGGAUUCAUGGGCUGACACGAAAGAUUCUUCAUCAUCAAGUUCAUCUUCAUCAAAAUCCAUCGCUCGAACCCCAUUAGCAAUUUUAGAGGUGCUUAAACAAGCCAAGACAUGGAAAGUCGCUAGUUUUUUCUCUUCUCGGUCAUCAGUACGAGUUGACAAUUUCAUCUUCGCCCUUCAUUCUACCGUCACGGUAACCAUUUUAACUAUUUGUAUGGUUUUCGUGGGUAUGAAACAAUAUUUUGGUGAACCGAUAGAGUGUCUGGGCAUACCUGUGACCCCAAAUGGUAUCACUCAAGCACAAAUGCAACACUUUUGCUGGAUGGAAGGCUCAUUUACCAUUGUAGCAACCAAUAGACGAUACGAACGAACUGGUAUCGAUGUAUCAUAUCCCGGAGUCCGAACUUACAAACCCGAUGAAGGUGACCUGAAAAUGCCCCAUAAAUAUUACCAAUGGGUUUACUACGUUUUAUGCAUCCAGUGCAUACUUUUUUACAUUCCCAAGCACAUUUGGAGAUUAAGAGAGGAUGAGAGAUUAAAAACUCUGAUUGGGCAUCUUAAAUCCAACCACAUCUUAAGCGUUGAUGCAUUUAACCAAUACACUUUGGUUCAGGAUACUGUUGACGCCAUUCUAAUUGCUGAUGACUAUUUCUAUUCCAUUCUUUUUUGUGAGAUUCUUUCACUAAUUCAUUUGGUUGUUCAAGUUUGGUUUGUGGAUCUAUUUCUUGGUGGUCACUUUCUCUAUUUAGGUGUCCAGUGGCUUUACUAUUCCCACAAUUCACAGGACGUUCAUUAUGACCCGUUGAUUAAAAUUUUCCCUCGACUUGCAAAAUGCUCAUUCCAUAAGUACAGUGUGUCAGGGGAGCUAAUAACAACGGACACCCUCUGUUUCAUGUCGAUGAAUAUUGUUAAUGAGAAAAUUUUUGUCAUCCUAUGGUUUUGGUUUCUACUACUUUUAUUAGUGACAACAUUUCACCUUCUAGUCUAUCGAGCAGCGGUCAUUAUAUUCCCAUUUUUCCGUUUCCAUCGAAUCAAAGCCAUUGCUCCAACAGCGAACAAAGACUUUAUUCGUAAACUAGUCCGCCGACCUGGGACAUGGUUCGUUCUACAUACAAUUGCUUCUAAUUUAAAGCCAUACUAUUUUCGAGAUCUCAUUGAGCGAGUUCAAAAUGACCAUUUUGAUGAAAAAAUGCGAUUCACCAGUAAAGUUUCAAUUGCUCAACUUGUUGCUGAUGGUAAGAUACCAGUGGCUACUUCCCUGACAAUCACCGUGGACAAGAAGAAGGAUAAAGAUAAAGAUUCAAGCAAAAAGAAAAAGAAAGACAAGGAUAAAGAUAAAGAUAAAGAUAAGGAUAAAAACACUUCUCAAGAUUCAGGUACAGCAGAUGAUAAUUGGCCUGAUACUAGCACCGAAAAUAAAGAUACACCAGCCGUCGAUUGGGGUGAUUGGGAUAAAACAGCAAACACUGGAUGGGAAGAUUCAAAGAGUUAACUUAACUAUUAAAUUAGUCAUUUCUUAACUUUAUCAAAUUUAAAAGUUUAAAAUACUGGUAAAUACCAUGUGAAAGUGAUCAAAAUUAAUUACAGACAAUAAGUUAGUCAUUAAGUUCAAUGAUUAACAAUAUAUAUCAUUACCCUCUCUCAUUAAGUGCCUUAAAUCAAAAAUCUCCACCCAUUCCCUUAACCAACAUUAAAUUGAAAAUGGCAGAUGAUAAGUUGUCAUUUAAAAGUGUUGAUGACAACAAAAUGGACAAUCCAAACCAAAGACAAAACCUAAAAUUGACCACAAUUCAUCAUAUGAUAAAUCAUGAAGUUUCUCAUCAUCAUUUCUUUUUGUUUGUUAAUUUCCCAUCAACUAAGUCACCAAAACAAAAGCAACCAAAUGCAAAUCUACUUUUCUAUUAAUUAAUAUUUACGUUAUGAUUUUCUAAUCAAUCCAUUCAAUCUCAUAAUCUCAUCAAAAAUGAUUAACCAAAAUUUACUUUCAUGGUCAAUAAUCAUCAUUCCCCCUGUUUCCAAAAAAGUACAACAAAAAACUAUUGAUAUUUUCUUACUCGUUACAUUAAAUUACCAUCAAGUUAAAUAA